ACAAAGAGAAACAUUGAUGCAUUUGAGAAUAUUGUUUCUGAACAAACAGCAGAUUUUUGUGAUUCACUGGGUUAUUCAUUUUUGAAGUUGUUUUUUCAGAAAGUGACAGUGAAAAUGGCUUCAUCAGCUGAAUAUGACUAUAAUUGUCCCGUGUGCUGUAAAAUCUUCAAGGCUCCUGUUAUUUUAUCAUGUAGUCACAGUGUCUGUAAAGAGUGUCUUCAACAGUUCUGGAGAACCAAGAAAACUCAGGAGUGUCCUGUCUGCAGGAGAAGAUCCUCAAAAGAAAAUUCUCCAUAUAAUCUGGCAUUACAAAACUUGUGUGAGUCGUUCCUGAAGAAGAGAAAUGAGAGUCGUUCAUCAGGAUCUGAGGAGAUCUGCAGUUUACACAGUGAGAAACUCAAACUCUUCUGUCUGGAGGACGAACAGCCUGCGUGUUUAGUGUGCAGAGAUUCAAAACAACACGACAAUCACAAAUUCAGACCAAUAAGUGAAGUUAUUUUAUCAUAUAAGGUGGAGCUGAAUACAGCACUGAUAUCCGUACAGGAGAAGCUUAAAAUGAGAGAAGAAAUGAAAGGAGAGUUUGAGAAAACAGUUCAACACAUCAAGUCUCAAGCUGAGCACACAGAGCAUCAGAUUAAACAGCAGUUUGAGAAGCUUCAUCAGUUUCUCAGAGAUGAAGAAGAAGCUACAAUCACUGCACUGAGAAAGGAAGAGGAGCAGAAGAAGCAGAUGAUGAAGGAGAAGCUGGAGGAGAUGAACAGACACAUCUCAGCUCUUUCACACACAAUCAAAGACACGGAGGAGAUGAUGAAAGCCAAUGACGUCUGCUUUCUAAAGGAGUUUCCAGUCACGAUGGAAAGAGUCCAGAUCUCACAGCCGGAUCCACAGACGCCUUCUGGAGCUUUGAUUCAUGUGCCACAUUACUUGGGCAACCUGCCAUUCAGAGUCUGGAAGAAGAUGCAGGACAUUGUCCAAAACACUCCUGUAAUUCUGGAUUCAAACACUACUCAUCCAUAUCUCGUCUUGUCUGAUGAUCUGACCAGUGUGAGAUACAGCGAGAACGAACAACUCCUGCCUGAUAAUCCAGAGAGAUUUGACAGGUAUUUCUGUGUUCUGGGUUCAGAGGGUUUUAACUCAGGAACACACUGCUGGGAUGUGGAGUUUAAAGAGAGUCGAGUCUGGAGUCUUGGAGUAACUACAGCAUCAAACCAAAGGAAGGGAAAUGAUUUCUAUGACACUGAUGUCUGGAGUGUGCAGUACGGAUUGUCUGAUAAAUUUGGUUUUCCUGUUAAAAUGAAGUCUGAGCGUGUGAGAGUUGAUCUGGACUAUGACAGAGGAACGGUGUCAUUCUCUGAUCCUGUAACUAACACACAUCUACACACAUUCACAACCACCUUCACUGACACAGUCUUUCCAUUCUUCAGUAGUGACCGUCUGAGGAUCUUACCAUUCAAUAUUGGUGAAAAGAUGUUAGAUGCCUGUAUCACACCCACUGUGAAGCAUGAAGGUGGCACUGUGAUGGUCUGGGGCUGUUUUCGAGCAGGAAAAGUUUGUGACAUGCUGUUCCUUCUGGUCAGCGCCUUAUUGGUUGUGGCUUCACCUUCCAACAAGACAAUGACCCCCUAUUUGGAGAGGAAACAGUUCAUCGUGAACAGACACAUCUCAGCUCUUUCACACACAAUCAAAGACACGGAGGAGAUGAUGAAAGCCAAUGAUGUCUGCUUUAUAAAGGAGUUUCCAGUCACGAUGGAAAGAGUCCAGAUCUCACAGCCGGAUCCACAGACGCCUUCUGGAGCUUUGAUUCAUGUGCCACGUUACUUGGGCAACCUGUCGUUCAGAGUCUGGAAGAAGAUGCAGGACAUUGUCCAAAACACUCCUGUGAUUCUGGAUCCAAACACUGCAAAUCCACAUCUCGUCCUGUCUGAUGAUCUGACCAGUGUGAGAGACAGCAGGACCUAUCAACCACUUCCUGAUAAUCCAGACAGAUUUGACUGUUAUGAAUGUGUUCUGGGUUCAGAUAGUUUUAACUGCUGGGAUGUGGAGGUUAAAGAGAGUCGAGUCUGGAGUCUUGGAGUAACUACAGCAUCAAACCAAAGGAAGGGAGGUGUUUUCUUUAACACUGAUGUCUGGAGUGUGCAGUAUGGAUAUUCUGAUCAGUUUGUUUUUCCUGUUAAACAGAAGCUUGAGCGUGUGAGAGUUGAUCUGGACUAUGACAGAGGAACGGUGUCAUUCUCUGAUCCUGUAACUAACACACAUCUACACACAUUCACAACCACCUUCACUGACACAGUCUUUCCUUUCUUCUGUACUGUUUACUCUCUAAGAAUCUUACCAUUCAAUAGUCAAUAAACUUGUAGUUUAGCCAGAUUGUUUUUUAAGUCCAGUUUAAAUUCAGUUCAUAUAAUGUUAUUUAUGACAUCUAUACCAAUAAUCAUUUUGAGAUCAGGCACUUCAGACAAAUGACUUUUCAGGUAAAGUGGGUCCUCUCUGAUUUAUCCAAAAAUAUCCUGUAUCUUAAGUGCAGAUUAUAAAAACAUAUUUAUUUAUUUAUUUAUUUGUUUGUUUGUUAUGUUCAUUAACACAUAUUUAUCAAACAAAAAUUCAACAACAUAUUUAACAAACCUAAAAACAUAUAGUGUUUAGGCUAUGACUAAAUUUCAUAGCUUCACUCAAAUCAUGCAUAAAAUUCAAAACAACUGAUAGAACAUGUUGCGCUGACGAGAUUUAUGUUUUUGAAAUCUAAAAGAAUAUUAAUGACAAUUAACUCUGCAAAAUAUUAAAUGUGACUAUAACACAUGCAGCAACAAAUAGGCAAACAAAAAAUAAUAACAUUUAAAAUUGUAAACAUUUGUGUUUUUCUGUCUGUUUUCCCUGAACACUCUUAAUGAACUUUGUGACCAAUUUUAAAACUUCAUAUACUCUUCAUUCACGUUUUACUCGUCUUUUUUCACUCCAUAUUCAACUUCAUACAUCACCUUCCUUUCUGCUCUGUUUGAUUUCUUUCAUCUCUGACUUGAAUUUCCUGACUGCACACUUCUUUCUGUUUUCUGAAAAAGUCAAUCACACAUGUCAGUUGUAAGAUAAUCAGUGAAUAUAAAUGUAUUUAAUGAAUGUGAAUAGAAUUAGUGAAGGCCAGGUGUCCCACUUUAUCUAGCACAUUCAUCCAAAGUGCGUCAGCAAUAUUUAACCUCAGAUGAAAACAAACAUUUUUUAAAAUGUACUCUUCGCUUUUUAAUCAGUAUUAACUGCAAUAACAAAUAACACAAGUACUGUGACUAUUAUAUUUGUUUACAUUUAGUGAGCA